AUGAACAAUGUCUCAGCAAUUUCAAUGUUUUUUCUUUCAGGUUUAAAUGAAGCAAGAAAUUAUCGAUCGCCUCUGUUCUUUCUUACUUUCAUGUGUUACAUUAUAAUCAUUUUUGUAAAUGUUUGUAUUGUUCUGACUAUAAUCUUGAAUAAUGAACUCCAUGAACCAAUGUAUAUUCUGCUCUGUGCUUUCUGCAUAAAUUCCCUUUAUGGAACAGCAGGUUUCUAUCCUAAAUUCCUGUCAGAUCUGCUCUCUCCUGUUCAUGUCAUCUCUUAUUCAGGCUGCCUUCUGCAGGCUCAGGUGUUGUAUUCCUUCGCCUGCAGUGAUCUGUCCAUCCUUGCACUCAUGGCAUAUGACCGUUAUCUGGCUAUAUGUCGACCACUGGAAUACCACUCUGUCAUGUCGAAGCAGAGAGUCAUCACUUUGGUGUGUCUUGCUUGGUUAACACCUUUCUGCAUUAUUGCUGUAAGCACUUUAUUAGCUUCUAGGUUGAAGCUAUGUCACCAGCACUUAAACAGACUCAUUUGUUUGAACUGGAGCAUUGUUAUGCUUGCUUGUUUUCCAGCUGAAACUAUAAUCAACAACAUUAUUGGAAAUAUUACAAUAGGUAUUUAUGUUCUUCACAGUGUUGUCAUUGUGUGGUCCUACAUGUUUCUCAUCAAAACUUGUGUUGGUUCUUUAGAAAACAGGAGAAAGUUCAUGCAAACAUGUGUGCCACAUUUGAUUUCCUUGUUAACUUUUUCUGCAACUAUACUUUUUGAUGUUAUAUAUAUUCGAUUUGAGACCAAGAAUUUACCACCAACUCUUAAGUACUUUGUCUCAAUAGAAUUUCUCAUCAUUCCUCCUAUAAUGAAUCCACUGAUAUAUGGUUUCAAGUUGACCAAAAUAAGAAAGAAACUUCUAAGUGUGGCAACUAUGAAAUGCAGUCUUUAA